AUGGGGUCGUACGAAGAAGGGACAUUCACCGUACCAACCAUUGAUCUCAGCGAGUACUUGAGGCAGCCCAACUCAGAAUGUGCAGAGGAUGUCAUCGAGCAGAUCCGAAAUGCUUGUGCAACAAGCGGCUUCUUUCAGCUUGUUGGACAUAAUGUCCCCGGAGCACUACAGCAGGAGGCAUUCGCGGCCGCCAAAGCAUUCUUCAGCCUUUCUGACGCAGACAAACACAAGCUCCGGGGGAAGCCUGGACGAGGCUACGAGGUCAUCGGCACACAGUUCCUAGAACCUGGGAAACAGGCCGAUCUCAAAGAGGGUUUUUUCGUUGGACACGAGAUUGCUGGUCUGGAAUCGUCCACACUUCCAUUUCGAGAGCCGAACGUAUGGCCGCAUGAAGAGCAGAUUCCUGGAUCGCAGUUCAAAGAGCCCCUGCUGAAGUACCAUGGAGCACUACUUCAACUGUCACUCAUCAUCAUGCGGGUUCUCGCUACUGGCAUGAAAGGCUUCGAUACGACCGUCUUCGCCGACUUCUGCCAUGAGCCGAUAGCUUCUCUCCGCCUGCUUCACUACCCUCCGCACCCAGACAGCGACGACGAGACCCUUGUUGGCACCGGAGCGCACACGGAUUUCGGGGCCAUUACUCUCUUGCUGCAAGAUGACAAAUCGGGUCUGCAAGUGCUGAAUCAGGCUUCAAACAAAUGGUUCGAUGUAGUGCCGCAGAAGGGAGCAUAUGUUGUCAAUGUUGGAGAUAUGCUAGAUGUUUGGACCGGCGGUGCCUACAAAAGUACAGUCCACCGAGUCAUCAACAAGUCAGGGGGUGAUCGAUACUCCAUUCCGUUCUUUCUGGACGGUAACCCAGACUGCACAAUCCGACCUUUGGCUGAAGAAACCGGGCCUUGGAAAAUCAAGCCCUUCACGGUGCAGGAGCAUAUGAUGUCGCGAUAUGCUGCCAGCUAUACAUAA